AUGUACAAGAAACGGCUGCGGGACUGGGAACUGUGGAAGAAUUACACACAACUGCAGAAAAUAGACGCCAUCAAACAGCUGACAGAAGCACGAUUAGAGACCCAAGGCUCUUUGUCGUUGACGCUGAACGGCAAACCCCUCAAGGAACAUCGACUGUGGCGCCCGGUCCUGCAAAGGCGGAAACGAGUCAUUCUCGCUCCUCGACCUUGUCCGGACUCCAGCAAAAUCCAGCGAAAGCAUCUUCAGGAACUCAGGCGCACACCUUCACCGCAGCGGAUUCAGCUCCAACUGGGGCGCGAGACCCAGACCGUCGAGUCCUUACUGAAAUACGCCCAAACGUACCAUUCAUGGUGUCAGUCUCAGGACCAAGACCGGGCGGCGUAUUAUCAUAUUGUGGAGCUUCAUGAGGGCUUCUCUGGCCUUGUCGCCGGGCUUUCGCUUCUUGUGAGAGACGACCCCCGUGCCUUUCAGGUCAUAAAUAAAAGCUGCUUUGCCUUUCGUGCCCCCUUUCAAUCAAAACCUUUCCGACUGAUGCUAGAAGUUGUUGUUACAUUCGGAGCUUACAAGCCGUACUGGGGAGAGCAUUGGAGGGUAGGAAAGUCAGUCUUGAAAUUCUUUGCCUCACUGGCGAAUACGACUCUCGGGAUGUUGCAUCCCAUCACAAAUUUCGCGACCCUACUACUGGACAUUAUCGAACAACAGCGUUUUGCCCCCUUCUCGGCUAGAUAUGCAGAACUCUUGAUGCAUGGCACGGAAACUGGGUAUGAAGAUGACACUCGCGCGGAGAUACAGCUAGCUAUAGCUGAUUUUUUGCUUAAAGUGGGGCAACUCGAUAUGGGAUCCAGCUUGUGUCGACGCCUGUGGGAGUGUCUGCAACCUAUUCCUUCCUCUCCAACUCCACUGCACAGAAGACUCCUGCAAGUAAUGCACAUUGUGUUCAUGGAAGAAGAAGACUACGCGGCGGCCGAGAGAGUCAUCAUGCAGCAACUCAGCUGCAGUGUUGCUGCUACUGGCAAGCAGAAUGGUGACAUCUAUGGAGUCUCUGCGUGUCAGAGAUUGGCAUGGCUGUACUCUAAAACGAGGCUUUCUGAAGAAAUCAAGAAGUUCUGUCGGCUGGCCGUCGAGGGGGCUCUGGAGGUUUUCCAGUCCGAGUCGGGCGUGUUGAUAAUUUUGUUUAAAGUUGAGCGUUUUCUUUCGAUCUUGGGAAAGGAAGAAGACAUUGCUCAGCUUCGGACUGAAUGUCAACACAUCCGGGCAGCAUUGGACGAGUGGAGACUCGAUCUCGGUUUUGAGCCCGAAUGA